AUGGGGAGGAAGCUAGACUUGUCUGGCUUGACUGACGAUGAAGCGGAGCAUGUCUUGCAGGUGGUCCAGCGAGAUUUCACCCUCCGCAAGAAAGAAGAAGAUAGACUGAGUGAAAUGAAGCAGAAGCUCGAUGAAGAGGGUAACAAGUGCAGCAUUCUCUCCAAGCAGCAGAGGUUUAACGAGCGCUGCUGCAUGCGUUGCUGCUCCCCUUUUACGUUUCUCAUCAACACCAAGCGGCAGUGCCAGGAUUGCAAAUACAACAUCUGCAAGAACUGCAGCUCCUAUCAAAGGAAGGAGAAAGGUUGGCUCUGCAGUGUUUGCCAGCAAGCUAGACUUUUACGAGUUCAGUCGCUGGAAUGGUACUACAAUAAUGUGAAAAGCCGCUUCAAGCGUUUUGGAAGUGCUAAAGUCCUGAAGAAUUUAUACAGAAAACAUCGGCUGGAGACUGGAGCUUGUUCUGAUAUACUAGAAGCAGGAAGCUUCUGUGAGGGAACGAUAGAAAAUGAAGGAAGCAUUUGUGGCAGUGACUCUACUUUCUACAGACAGACAGAAGGACACAGCAUGAUGGACACCCUUGCUGUGGCCUUGCGUGUUGCAGAAGAAGCAAUAGAAGAAGCUAUUUCUAAGGCAGAGAUGUACGGAGACAGCUUGGACAAACAGAACGAAGCUUGUUACUUACGGGACCAUAAGGAGGAGCUGAUAGAAGAGCUUGCUACCACCAUUGUCCAGAAGAUCAUAAGGAAGCAGAAAACCAAACGUGAGCAGGAAGAAGCUGGUUUCGAAUGGCCGCAGUCCAGGAGCAGCAGCGGCCUCACAUCUGCUACUGUCUCAGAUCAGAGCAUGCUGACUUUCCCGGGGAGUCGCAGGGGAUCGUACACAUUAUGGCGGUCUCAGUCUGCAUUCUCUCUGACCAACGAAGACGCAUCACGCAGAGACAGGGACCGUGCAUCUUCUGUGCCCGAAUCUCUCUGGAGACAACCCAAAGGCCCGAGCGGAAAGCAGAAAGAGGACAGGCUUUCUGCAUUGCCCAGCUGGAAGAGCGCGGACCAACUAAACGAACCAACUUUCCCCCCUGUCUUGGAAAGCACAGAUGGAAACUGGGUGGCCCUGCAAAACGUCAACUUGCCUCGCCCACGAAUGCUCGCCAAACCAAAGAGCCAAGUGUUCAAAGCCUUGGAGAGUGAAUCCAGCGUUGUAUCUGCUUAUGAUGAGAUGGGCUCUGAUAGCGAAGACGACUAUGACUGGAACGUGGCUUUGAACAAGCUGCGACAGAGACCCAAGCAGCUGUCAAAUUACGCUGGCUCUCAGUGCAAUGCUGAAUGGGAGUGUGGCAAUGAACUGUACCAGCCUGUGGCCUCCCCAUCAUCUGGGCUGUUUACCAACGCGGAGGCAGUGUACUCUGAUUCUGAAACAUCCUCAGUCAGUUCUUCAAGGGAGGCUAGGGAGCCUAGCUGUCUUUCUUGGAUGCAGAGGAGAACUUGUAACAGUAAACCCAGAGAGGAAAAAGCACAAUUCCAGGAGGAACUCGAUGUGAACUUUAACCCACAAGCUACCAGUUUAGACUAUUCAGAUAGCAGUGAAAGCGAAGAAGCCUAUCAUGACUUGGAAAAGAGGUCCAGGAGAUGGAAAAAAGGCAAGACUCAAUCAGAGGAUUUAUGCAAAGGCAAAAACCGCACAAAAUCGCACAUGAAGAAAUUGAGCACAAGUCAGGCAUCUGAUGAUUUAUCAGAAACUGACAUAAGCAGUGAAGACCAUCAGACCAAGGCAGACCCUAUGGAAGAAAAGCUGAAGUCAAGGUUAUAUGAACUGGCUGCAAAAAUGAGUGACAAUAGGGAAACCUCUUCAGAGGAACAGGUGUCAGAGCCAAGAACAGAAUCUGAGAACCAGAAAUCGUGCUUAUCUUCAGAAGACAGUGGCAAAUGCAUUCAGGAGGAGCUAAAGAAGGAAAAACAAAAGGCUUUUGAUCUCCAUCUUAAACUCCAGUUUUUAACCUCAGCACUUCAGCAGAAAUAUUCUGCAGUGUCUCUCUGCAACAUAUCUACUGAGGUCCUAAAAGUCAUCAAUGCAACAGAGGAGCUCAUAGCAGAAUCUACAGGUCCUUGUGAUUUUGCAGCAGAUGUGUCUGACAAAGGCAAAGGAGAGUUCCCCCUGGGUGCAGACCCUAUCAGACUUGAUGAGCAGCUCACCACACUGGAAGAAAAUGUCUACCUAACAGCCGGCAGUGUGUAUGGCUUGGAGAGUCAGCUCAAUGACCUUGAGGAUGCAGCACGCAGAAUUAACAGCAUUAGUUCAGAAUCAGAGUUGGCUGACCUGGAAGACCAAGUGGCAACAGCAGCAGCACAGGUUCAUCAUGCAGAACUUCAGAUUUCAGAUAUAGAGAGCAGAAUUUCAGCGCUAACAGUGGCAGGCUUGAAUGUAGCUCCGUGUGUUCAUCUGACAAGGAAACGUGACCAACAGCAAACAAACCAGAUGCACACGAUAGACACAUCAAGACAGCAGAGACGAAAGCUUCCAGCUCCACCAGUGACAGGUGAGGACAUGGACGCAUCUCCGGUUACACCUGUUAGAACAUUCAACAGGAAUUUCAUACUCCAAGGAUCUCUUACGCAGAGAACCAAAAAGGAGAGGAAAAGCACUGCCAAGGAUAAGAAGGAACCAACAAUAGGGUCUGCUGUAAUGUACUAGAAUUCUGUAAUUCUACUGCCAUUAACACACUGCCUGAGGCUACACACUCGAGUGCCUUUAUAUAACAGCCAUUGUAUACAUCCAAUAAAAAAAAUGGACCCUCAAGAACCCACAAUGCCUCUGUAAUAGGGCUUUGCUUGGAUACCUCACUGAGAAAGCUGUUCAAGUCUUCAGCAUUGUGGUCUGCUGUUGGAAGCUCUGCCUUAAAGUUCUCAUGAGACUCCAAAAAGGACGUCGAGUUUCAUAUAAGCAAGGCUCCGUGUUUUAAGAUGCACUCCCCCCCUCCCCACAUUGUCAACUGUUCUAAAAUACGUUGUCUUUAAAAUGCAGUAUGUUUUGUAUUCCUAAUUCAUCCGUUAACGUCAGCCAAUAUCCCACGUGUAGAUCAAGGAAAAACUCAAGCCGUCCACCCCGUCAUCCAGAUUUGCUGGGACCUUACUGUUCACACAGUCAUAGUCAUGUCUGUAUUGUUGAGCAAUAAGAGGAACUCCAAAAGUAACUGGGUAAAUCACAAAGCAAAUGCUGGAAAAGGAUGGCCCCUGGGGAGCUUAAAUGGGAGGGAAAGCAUUUUUCCGUUUGUGAUCUGUGCUUGCCUUCCAUGAGUGUUGUAAGUGGAAGAUAUGGGUGCUUCCAGAUACGAGCUUUAUAAAUCUAAAAGGUAGCUCAGAUUCGUUUUUUUAUGUGCACACUAUUGUCAAAUUAGGGGAUGCGGGUGGCGCUCUGGGUUAAACCACUACUGAGCCUAGGACUUGCUGAUCAGAAGGUCGGCGGUUCUAAUGCCC